GUUUGUUUACACAUCGGAAGGCCUCGGAUACCAGAAACGCAUAUCGCAUAAACAUGCUGGACACUGCAAUUUUUUAAAGCUUAUCCUAUUUAAUCGUUGUAACCUGUAGGUUAGAGGUCAAAGGUCAAGGUUGCAGUAUCACAGUAGGAAGACCUUGUAGGCAGAAUACAAACCGAACUGGAAGCUCCAAGAUAUUGCAAAUAUGGCACGACAGCUAAACACUUCACUUUCCGACCUUCUCUUAUGUAUUGCGGCUUCAUAUGUUGCCUAUGAGUGGUACAAAGUAAACAGACUGAAGGCAUCAGCAGGGAUAUCAAUACAAGCUACUGCUGCUUUUUUUGGAAUCUUUCGAUUUGCCAUGACAAAUCCAGAAGGUGGAAUAAUCUACAGGUGUCACAAAUUCCUGUCCUGGUUAGCUGCUGGUGCUGGUGUACCACUGAUUGCCAUGGACUUUUGUGCUAGAUAUGGAUCAUCAAUGUUAGCAAACAAAAUAGCCAUUUUCUUGCUGGCAGUGGUUGUUAUGGCAGCAUUUCUUCCUCAAAAAACCAAGGAAGUGGCUACUCAGGCAGCAAGCGGAUUUUCAAUGCUGGUGAUCUUAAUCUUAAGCUUUAUUAACCAGAACUACUUUGGACUUGCCGCCGGAAUUACCUAUGUCACUGCUGGACUUGCCUUUGGUUCUGAUGGAUCCAUUUUGGGAUUUCCAAAUGUUGAUUGGCUUCACUAUGCCCUGAUUGUGGGCAAUUUUCUUUUCCUUAGGUCUAUCUAGUGGUUUUACUUUUAGUUAUAAUAAAAUGUUGUGUGUUCUUGGAAUAUUACUAUUUUUAUAAUGAAUGAAGUCCGUCAUACCAGGAUGCAUAUAGCAGCAUUAUAAGAACAGAGUGAUAUAUAAUAAGUAUGCUUUAUUUAAGAGUGCCAUCAAUGUCAUGCAGCAAGAAUAUUAGAUGGGACAGUGCAAUAUUAGCCGUUAAGGAUGAGUGUAGAUUGAAAAAAAUUGUAUUUGAUUAAUGAUAUCAGAUUAACCCAUUUGAAUAUUACAAUAAAUACAUUCCAACUAUUUUUAUUCAUCAUGAUCUGUAAAAUGUAUACAUUAAUUUUUUUGCAUGCUCAGUUUGGUACUUUGAUGUUGUGAAAUGAGUUAUUUAUUAAAUUUUCAUUCAUGUGA